GUGCCCGGUCCUCACCUCGCACACUCGGUGGCAGCGCGCGGAGCCUUACCGUGAGGAGGGUUGAUCGCUCGUUCACGCUUUACAAAGGAGUCACGUCUUUCUGUUUUCUCUCCCUCCUCUCUCUCUCUUCCUCCCUCCCUUCCUCACUCACUCACUUACUCACGCACCCUCUCGUUCUCCGUGUCUCAUUCUCAAGAUCACCGGAGCUCAUAUUCGCUCUCCCCAAUGUCAUGGACAAUAAAGACGGAGCUGCGGGCGCCCCGGAGGCUCUGACGAAUACCGGGGCGGGGAGUCAGCAGCAAAGCCACGACUGCCCGGCCCUGGGCGCCCCGGCUUCCUCGUCAGGAGUAGCUGGCAGCCGCAGCCGCAGCCGCAGCACCGCGGCGAUGGAGGAGGAGGAGGAGGAGCCGCGGACGCAGCCGCCUCGCCGGGGCGGUGCAGCUCUGAUCAGGAUGCAGGACCUAGUGUCCGGCCGGCCUGCUUGGGAGAGGGGCGAUGCGGCGACUAGGAGCGGCGUGAAGCGCAGCGAGAACGGUGAGUGCGUGCGAGAGCCAGACAAGCCAGAGGACGGAGGCGGCGGAGGAGGAGGCAGUGGCGCCAUGGACGGGACGACCCCUAGCAGCGAGCCAGAGCGCAGAGACCCUCGGGUGUCAUUCUCAAGCGCCCCAAGUAGAAAGGCAUCUUCAUCGUUGCCCCGUAGCACCCUGAAAGCAGAUGACAACCCGCAAAUCCUUGCCGAGGAUGGAGAGCAGCGCGGCAGUCAAGCCAGCUUCAUGCAACGCCAGUUCGGGGCAAUGUUGCAACCAGGGGUCAACAAGUUCUCCCUGCGGAUGUUCGGCAGCCAGAAGGCGGUGGAAAAAGAGCAGGAGAGGGUGAAGUCAGCGGGGUCCUGGAUCAUACACCCAUACAGCGAUUUCAGGUUCUACUGGGAUUUCACAAUGCUCUUGUUCAUGGUGGGAAACCUUAUAAUCAUUCCUGUGGGUAUCACUUUCUUUAAAGAUGAGACCACGACACCCUGGAUUAUUUUUAAUGUUGUGUCGGACACCUUCUUCCUAAUGGAUUUGGUACUGAACUUCCGGACUGGGAUUGUCAUUGAGGACAACACAGAAAUUAUCCUUGACCCUAAGAAGAUCAAGAAGAAGUAUCUAAAGACUUGGUUUGUGGUGGACUUUGUCUCCUCCAUUCCUGUGGAUUAUAUAUUUUUGAUAGUGGAGAAAGGCAUAGACUCAGAAGUAUACAAAACUGCACGGGCGCUGAGAAUUGUGCGCUUCACAAAAAUCCUAAGUCUUCUGAGGCUCCUGCGUCUAUCUAGGCUUAUCCGCUACAUCCACCAGUGGGAGGAGAUCUUCCACAUGACCUAUGAUUUGGCAAGUGCAGUGAUGAGAAUUUUCAACUUAAUUGGAAUGAUGCUGCUUCUGUGUCACUGGGAUGGCUGUCUGCAAUUCUUGGUCCCAAUGCUCCAAGAUUUCCCCAAUGAUUGCUGGGUUUCUUUGAACAAAAUGGUGAACAAUACAUGGAGCGAGCUGUACUCCUUUGCCCUCUUUAAGGCAAUGAGCCACAUGCUGUGUAUUGGGUACGGACGCCAGGCUCCAGAAAGUAUGUCUGACAUUUGGCUAACCAUGCUGAGCAUGAUCGUGGGGGCCACAUGCUAUGCCAUGUUUAUUGGGCAUGCCACAGCGCUGAUUCAGUCCCUGGAUUCAUCUCGUCGCCAGUACCAAGAGAAGUACAAGCAAGUGGAACAAUACAUGUCCUUUCACAAGCUGCCAGCUGACUUUCGUCAAAGAAUCCAUGACUACUAUGAACAUCGAUACCAAGGCAAGAUGUUUGAUGAGGAAAGCAUUCUGGGGGAGCUGAAUGAACCCCUGCGAGAGGAAAUUGUCAAUUUUAAUUGCCGGAAACUAGUGGCCUCCAUGCCAUUGUUUGCCAAUGCUGACCCCAACUUUGUAACUGCCAUGUUGACUAAGCUCCGCUUUGAGGUGUUCCAGCCUGGUGACUAUAUCAUUCGAGAGGGUACCAUUGGCAAGAAGAUGUACUUCAUUCAACACGGCGUGGUCAGUGUGCUCACAAAAGGCAACAUGGGAAUGAAGCUAUCUGAUGGCUCCUAUUUUGGAGAAAUUUGCUUGCUAACUCGCGGCCGCCGAACAGCAAGUGUUCGGGCUGACACCUAUUGUCGUCUAUAUUCACUGUCAGUGGACAACUUCAAUGAGGUGCUGGAGGAGUAUCCUAUGAUGAGGAGAGCCUUCGAGACUGUAGCUAUUGACCGCUUGGACCGUAUAGGUAAGAAAAAUUCUAUCCUUAUGCAUAAGGUUCAACACGACCUCAACUCGGGAGUAUUCAACAACCGUGAGAACGAAAUCAUCCAGGAAAUUGUCAAGUACGACCGAGAGAUGGUGCAGCAAGUUGACCUUCAGCGACCGCGGGCCAUGUCCAUGACGCCUCCACUCCAUAGCUCCAUGUUUGCUCCACCUGGCCAGCCGCAAGUCAGCUCUGCCAUUGCCACACUUCAGCAGGCAGUGGCAAUGAGCUUCUGUCCACAAGUAGCUAGCCCCCUGGUGGGCUCUGUGGCAAUGCAGUCCCCCAGGAUGGUUCGUCGUUUCCAGGUUGUACAAAGCAUCUCCAGUCCAGUUUCUGUGUCACCUCUCCAGCAGCAGUCUAUCCCACUAGUGUCCAGUGGAGCCUUUGCUUCCUGUGUUUCCAGUCCCCCAGUUCAAAGCCCGCUGGCUGCCACUGGCCGGACUUUCCAGUACACCUCCAGCCCGGGCCAGUCAGGUUCACAGCUUUCACUAGUGCAGCAAAGGGCCCCCAGCCCGCCACAGCGUCCUGUCUCCCACAAAAGCACCCAAGCCUUGCACUCUGGCAACUUGAGCCAAGACACCAGGCCGCUGUCUGCUUCACAGCCUUCCCUUCCCCAUGAUGGCACUCAGACAGCAACCCCAAGCCCACCACAGUCUACACAUGUCUCAUCCACCUCCAUCAGCUCACCUCAGCAGGCUCACCCCAUUGCCCCUGGAUCCUCAGGGCCUAGGGGUCCUGUACCCCAGAGGGUGACCUUACCCCAUCAAAUGUCUAUAGGUACAGGAGGCACCAUCUAUCCAUCAACACCACCUCCAGCAUCUACAUCUGGGCAGCAGGACUCAGGAACGCCCAAGAAAGAAUUGGUGGAAACGGACUCGACAAAAUCUAGGCUUUCUUCCAAUUUGUGACCUUGAGUGUGAGCUGUGGCUAUUUUGAGAGCUCUAGAGUUCCUGAUGCCUUUUAGGCACAGCAACGUGAAUGUAUGUCAUGCAGGUGGUAGCAGUGACAUGGCAAAGUGGGGAGAGAAAAACGCAAAAAACUCUUGUCUCCCUCCACCUGUGCACAUCCUUCCCAGUCGUGUAUCCAUAGAAUACUGUAUAAAGAAGCCAUGCAAACUAUCAUUUAGCCAAGUGGCGCCAAGACGGCGAAUGAGUGUAACGCUUUGCCAAGUGUGUUGGGUGUCCUCUUUCUGUAGAAACAAGCUGAGUAACUUCAUUGUUCUCCUCAUGAUGCUGUAAGCUUAGUCUGGUUUUAGAAAAAAGAAAAAAAAAAACCUGAGAAAAAUGCUAAUAGUCGUUUAGACCGCUGGUCGAUCUUACAUCAAUUAAAGGAAAAUAAUAAUGAUGUUAUAUAAUAUUCAUUGUAACUUAUCAAGACCAAAGUUGAGCUUGGAGGUGUGUUUGGUAAAAAGCCGUUUAUUUAACUGCCUUGAUUCAGAUUGCGAUCAACUUUUAGAAGCCAUAUUAUGAAUUUGUUCUUGUCUUGGUUGCGUCAUCUUUUCUGGGGAGUGGCCGUCUUACUAUGUUUUGUGAUCCUCUCUGCUGCUUGUUGUCUUCUGUUCAUGGAGAAGGCGUGGCUCCACCAAAAUCAAACAAUUAAACAAUCCCGCAAAACCUGGUUAGACUUUUCAGUGCUAGCAGGGCCACUGCAUUGUCAGUGCCAGACAGAAAACUCCUCAAGGGUGUGCUAAAUGCACAUUGUAUUAAAGUUUAUUUUUUGGUUAUCAGUAUUUUAUUUAUAGCACCUGUUCCAGUAAACACCCUCCUGCCAUGUGCAGACAGACAUGGAGGCAAUAGUGGAAUAUGAGCCUGCUCCAUUUAAGACACUCCUUCUCCAUCAGGCCCUAUUAACAUUAAAUUUAGUUAAAUUACCACAGUGACCUAAAAAUCACACACAGAGCGGCUGUUUCUGAAUUUCAGCAGCAUGAGUGCUGGCAGGUUACUGAAGGCCUCUUAGGGUUGGAGAUAGUACUCUAACAUAUUAAUCUGGAAUUAGUUUUAAAAGACUUAAUAAUUGAUCUAAUUAAAAAAUAGAAAAAUGUAAAUGACAAUGGUGAUUAUAAAUAUGGCUUAUUAAUCAAUGUUCACUUUUAACCUAGAGUCACUAAACAUGUCAAAAAGUUUUGCUGUUAUACAUAUAAUACCACGUAUGUUUAAAUUGGAGUAAAAAAUUACAGCGACAGACAUUUAUGAGGCCUUACAGACAAGACAUGGCCAACUGAUGUAUUCAGUAGGUGUUGUCUUGUUAAAUAUUUUAUUUCUUUCUUGCAUAUCAUAAAACAUGGGGGAAUACAUAUUGCAUGCACUAAAAUUUACAUUUUUCAAGUCAUAUAAUCUUUAUCAUCAGGCGUUCAGGUGAACAGCUGCUACUCUUUAGUGUUCCAAUGUCUGUCUUCAUUAGUUCACUUUAUCUCUUUAGCUUAUACUUCUAUCAAAAAUGAUGUAAAAAUGAAAAUGCAUAGAACAACAUUUCCUGUAAUUGUACAGAGUGGGUACUAGAAAGAGAGGAAUUACUUCGUGCAAGUGAUUAAAUCUGCAUCUGUGUGGAUUAUUGUCCAUUUCCUAGCCACUUGGCUGCCCUUCUUAUAUAGUGCCAAUCAUCAGUUAUGAUUUAUAUGUGACUGCAAAGUGAAAGGCUUGAUUACUGAUGUGGAAAGGCCAGAAUGACUACAUUAAAUUUAGUACAGGUGCCCCUAGCUGUUAGCUUUGUAUUUUGUUUUAUUCCUAAAGUAUAAAUGUUUAAAAAAAAGGUCUGAUUUACAGAAAACAACACAUACUUUUGCAUUUCUCUGCAUAGCAAAUUGGUUAAAACCACCCUUGUGAUUUAGUAACUUGAGUACCUGUGGAUGAGCUUGGCUCGGACCCCACCACCACCUCCUGUUUGAAACCUAAAUCCCAAACGCUGGCCUGAUUUUAAUAUCUUGUGCUGUAAACAUAAAACACCAAGGAAGGGUGUACAUAUUGAAAGGUGCUAUAAACACAGUUUGAAAAAGCACACGUAAAUACUGUAUGACACAAAUUGUGUUCUGGAUGCAGAGUAGAAUUUGAACAAUUGCAGA